GUCACCAGCCAGUGGUUUUUCGGGUUGAUCUGACUUCUUUUGGCUGCCGAGAGUUCACUGUAUUGUAAAGGAUACUGUGAAUCCUAGAGGAGGAGGGGGGGGGUUGAUUAGGCAAAAAUUCUCUCGCUUGGGUACACAUCCGGAGUCUCGACGAUUAUAAUUUAUCGCACCCUUUACCUUUUAAGAUACUGGGCUUUAUUGUUUUUAUUAAUUUAUUCUAUUUCUCUUAGUUUAUGGUUUACGUUAACACUCCGGGAGGGCAGAAAUGGCGGCCAACAUGUACCGGGUCGGAGAUUAUGUAUUCUUUGAGAACUCUUCCAGUAACCCUUACCUGAUCCGGCGGAUAGAAGAACUCAACAAGACGGCCAGUGGGAACGUGGAGGCUAAGGUGGUUUGUUUCUACAGAAGACGAGACAUCUCCCACAGCCUCAUCCAGCUUGCAGACAAACAUGCAAAGGAGUUGGAAGAAGAGAAGGAGAGCCCGACAGAGACAGACCUAACAGAAAAACAGAAACACCAGCUUCGCCACAGAGAGCUCUUCCUCUCCCGGCAGUAUGAGAGUCUACCUGCGACACACAUCAGGGGAAAGUGCAGUGUCGCAUUAUUGAACGAGACUGAAGCUGUUCUUUCAUACCUUGACAAAGAGGAUACAUUUUUCUACUCACUGGUGUACGACCCAACACAGAAGACCCUGCUGGCCGACAAAGGAGAGAUCAGAGUGGGGCCACGCUUUCAGGCAGAUGUACCUGAAAUGCUACAAGAGGGUGAGGCAGAUGACAGGGACCAGUCCAAGCUGGAAGAGAAGCUGUGGUAUCCAGAGUGUCCACUUACCAGCAAACAGAUAGACCAAUUCCUAGUGGUGGCACGGGCGGUUGGGACCUUUGCUCGAGCGUUGGACUGCAGCAGCUCGGUUAGACAGCCAAGCUUACACAUGAGUGCAGCUGCUGCCUCACGAGAUAUCACACUGUUCCAUGCGAUGGACACGUUGCAUCGUCAUAAUUACGACCUGUCUAGUGCCCUGAGUGUACUGGUCCCAGCGGGCGGCCCGGUGCUCUGCAGGGAUGAGAUGGAGGAGUGGAGUGCCUCGGAAGCUGCCAUGUUCGAAGAGGCACUAGAAAAAUACGGAAAAGACUUCAACGACAUUCGACAAGACUUUCUGCCAUGGAAGUCUCUGACUAGCAUCAUAGAGUACUACUACAUGUGGAAGACCACAGACAGAUAUGUGCAACAGAAGAGACUGAAGGCAGCAGAGGCAGAGAGCAAACUGAAGCAGGUUUAUAUCCCCACAUAUAACAAGCCCAACCCCAACCAGAUCUCAGUGACUAAUGGCAAGAUGGCGACAGUGAAUGGAGCGGGCCCUGGGGCCUACCAUGCAGCAGGCGGGGGCAGAGCCUGCGAGAGCUGCUAUACCAUGCAGUCAGCCCAGUGGUACUCAUGGGGGCCUCCAAACAUGCAGUGCCGCCUUUGCGUUUCCUGUUGGAUGUACUGGAAGAAGUACGGAGGCCUGAAGAUGCCAAGCAGAGCAGAGGCCCCAGAGGAGAGGACCUCCCCCAGUCCAGCAACCAAUGAGCCUCGCUCACGGGGUCAUGCUCCUCGCCAGUCCAACCACAUGGUGCCGAUGCGAAACAGCGGCAGCCCCAAGUCCUCCAUGAAGACCAAGCAGGCUUUCCUGCUGCAGGCUACCCGCCUCACCAAGCUGGCCCGGCAUAUGUGCCGUGACAUCAUCAGGCUGCGCCGUGCUGCGCGCCGGCCCUUUGUCCCCAUUAACUGUGGGGCCAUAAAGGCAGAGUGUAAGAGCUCUUUCAAUUCCUCCUAACUUCUGCCACAUGGACACACCUGCAGACAAAACACAACAUAUGCAGACAUACUGAAACACACACACACACACACACACACACACACACACACACACACACAAACUCUCUCAUCACCCUGACUGCCCCACCAUCAACCCCCAUCUUUGCCCCCCGUCUGUCUCUCUUUCUGUUUUUAUUAUUAUUGUUAUUAUUAUUUUGUUUUUUGUAUUCUCCCAUCCCCUGUUUCCAAUAAAGACUGCCUGUCCUCAUAACGAUGAGUUUGAUCAUCUUUUCAUUCGUGUUUUUAUUUUAUUUUUAUUUCUUUAUCUAAUAUGGUUCUUGGUCACUGUGAACUCAAAGCCAUUGUUGGAGUUAAACACAAAGAUUUAUUGGUUUUAACAGGGCUAUUUUACACAAGCACAUCUGCACACACUUUGAAAACGCACAUAAUAACUGAAUUUGCUCCUGUCAUUAACAAGUAGACUGUAAUCCAUUAGAGCUCAUCUAGUCUGAGCUGUGUACUUGCUGAAGUUAGCUGUAGAGAAGAUGUAUUUUGAUAAGAGAAGCUCUAUUUUGCACGGCGCUCCUGGUACAGGCGUGCCCACUCUGCUGUCCUGGCAGAACUAGUUGUCUCAACCACGAAUGUUUAUUGUAAAUACUGAAACUCCGCUUCAGUGUGUUUUAAGGCAUUUUUGUUCCUUUUUGCACACUCAUUUUCUCUCAUGCUGUUAAUCAUGUGUGUUUGACAAAAUGAAUUGUGUUUGGGUCGAUAAUGAGCUUUAGAUGGAUUUGGACUGAUAAAACUUGAAAGAAGGAAGGUUGAAGCCGAAGUUAGGACUUUUCUUUUGUUUGUUACAAAGACUAACCAGCUGCUCUUGACUUCUUUGCUGUUGGCUGCAUCUCCCAAUGGAGAUCAGGCUUACCCAUUUAGAGUCAUCAACUGGACCACGUCCUCUUGGAUGGUCCCUCGCCAUACCAUCCACUCAGCUGUUCUCCUGUGUUCAAAUCAUGCAAUAUUCAUAUGAAUCCAUCAUGUUGCCUCUUCUCGCUUUGCCAUUCAGAGACAUUUCUCCCCUCUACUUUGCCUCCUCGUCCUUCACUUUCUAACAACUGUUGCAAUAUUCUCAUCUCACCUUCUGCCUCUUUUUUGCUCUUUUCUUUCAUCACUGUGUGAAUGUGAGAGUAGACCUCCAAUAAAGUCACACCUGAAAACAUC